AUGACGGACGGUAAUACCAGUGCCAAUUCCAGUGUUUCAGUUGAUCGGAUUUCAGUUAAAAUCCCACCGUUCAGGCCCAACGAUCCUGAAAUUUGGUUCCUGCAAGUGGAAAAUCAAUUUACACUGGCAAACAUAACAAGUGACGCCGCAAAAUUUAACUACAUAGUUGCCAAUUUAGACACAGCUUACAUAUUAGAAGUUAGGGACAUUAUUAAUUCACCACCAGCCACAGAGAGGUGUGUAAAAUUAAAGUCAAAGUUAAUUACGAGACUUAGUGCAUCACAGCAACAAAAAAUUAAAAGACUACUUGAGCAUGAAGAACUGGGCGAUCGAAGACCUUCCCAGUUCUUACGACAUUUACAGUCUUUAGCAGGCACAACGGUACCAGACAAUAUUGUACGGUCUCUGUGGUUAGGUAGACUGCCAUCGUUUACACAGGCUAUUCUAGCUACUCAAGCUAAAGCUAGUUUGGACGCAGUUGCCGAGCUAGCUGACACAAUAUCUGAAGCUAUAGCUCCUAGGGCCCAAAUUUCAGAAGCUUCUAACGCUCUUAAAAGUACCAUUGAUAAAUUGAGAGCCGAUUUAGCUGGCAUAAAAGUCCAGCUAGCUAGCUUGUCGCAGGCUCAAGCACAAACAAACACAUACCGUCACAACCGCAGCAACUCAAGACGCGGACCAUAUCCUAGAGACAGUAGCUACAAUGGGGAACAUAAUAGUGACAUAUUAUGUUGGUAUCACUACCGUUUUGGUAACCAGGCUCAAAAGUGCUCUCCUCCGUGCAAGCAUCAGGGAAACAUCGCGGGCAGUCGGUGA